GUUCUGAGAGAGAUGACUUAAAUUCCUAAGAAAGUUGAGGGCAGUAAACUUUAUCGUUUUCGGAAAAAUCGUGCCCUUCUCUCCUGCUCUUCCAGCUGGAAUCGGCACACAUCGGAUCCGUACAGAUCUUUCGAAGUUUUACUCAGCACUCGAAUUGUAAUCGCUGGUUUUCGGCGUGAGCUGUGAAGGAGAUCAGUGUCGGAGCUCAGGUGAAUGCUUUCCGUGGAAUGCUUUCAGUGUCGGAUCUGAAAUUUAGGCGGCGGUCUUUCUGAAGGCGUCUCAAUAUCUUUGAAGUUUUUGACUGAGGUCUACUUGGGGGCUUGUUGGAGAAAUAUGUUCUAUUCUCAAUUUAUUUUGGCAAAGAAAGGUCCUUUGGGGACCAUAUGGAUUGCGGCCCAUUUGGAGAGGAAGCUAAGGAAGAAUCAGGUGGCGGAUACUGAUAUUGGCGUCUCUGUAGAUUCUAUACUUUUUCCUGAUGCACCAAUUGCGCUGCGGCUGUCUAGUCAUCUUCUACUUGGUGUGGUGCGGAUAUACUCCAAAAAGGUGAACUAUCUUUUCAAUGACUGUAGUGAAGCUUUGAUCAAGAUAAAACAUGCAUUUCGCUCAACAGCAGUUGAUCUUCCACCGGAAGAAUCAACCGCACCAUAUAAUUCGAUUACCUUGCCAGAAAAUUUUGACCUCGACAAUUUUGAGCUACCUGACAGUGCCUGCCUUGAUAGUAAUUUUGUGGACCAUCAUGUUAGCACUAGAGAGCAGAUUACUCUUCAAGAUACAGUAAAUGAUUCUACAUACCCAACAACAAAGUUUGGGCUAGAUGAAAGGUUUGGUGAUGAGGAUGCUUCUCAAAUAGGUUUGGAGCUUGAUGAGGAACUAUUCACAGACAAGAAUGUCUCAACUCAACAUGAUGAGAUUUCAAUGAGUUUGAAAGUGAGUGGGUUGCACCACGGUGAAACUUCUGUUCAUUCAACUACCAUGGGAAUGGAUGCACCGUUUCAAUAUCAUGAGGAAAGAGGCAGUGAAAUCCCGAAUGAAUUGUCAGAGCUUCUUUCUAAUAAUUUUAACAAGAACUGUUUUUCAAAUGCGGAGGAAUUGAAGAGGGACGUAAAUUCUUGUCAUCGACAUGGUUAUACUAUUCAAACUCCAGACCUGAAUGAAGUUUUCCAACCUGAGCGUCAUACAGGUUUAUCACCGCAUAUUCCUUUAAUCCCAGAUGAAGUUAUAACUCCAUGUUUGGUUGAGCAUGCACAAGAGCCUUCAACUCCUGGGUUAUUAGAAGUGGUUCCAUCCAAUUUUCAAGAAGUUCCGGCUUUUAGUCCACUGGAAAAAACCAAGACACAUGUUGAAUCAUGUAGACCUCGGAGUUGUAGUCCUUACUUUGAGGUUGAAUCAGCUGAAGCAGGAAAUGAAACUGUUCUUAUAAGUGCAGAAUUAGGCCAUAGGGCUGGAGAAACUGCUCAAGAAUUGCCUCUUACUUCAGUUUUGACCAGUCCAAUGACUGAAUCUCUAGCACCUACUUAUUCAAAUUGGAAUCUAACAACUGAUGAUGUUUGCUUAGUUUCUGUGGCUGAAUAUCAGCAGAGUGGCUUAACUGGCAAUGAAGUCAGUAAUAUAUCAACUGGUGAUCGCAGGCUUGAUAAUGGGAAGGCUAUAAGUCCUCCAAGUUUUUCUCAUGAAGCAAUUAAUUUUUCAUCCACAUCUAAUUUGACCGUACAUGUUGAAGAAGAGCCUUUUACUUCCAAUAUUUGUACAGAUAAUAAGGAUGUAUCAAGAGGCAUUUCAGAUGUGAAAAGGAUGCAACAAAAGGAUAGUAAAGAGCCAUCAAAAGUUGCCAACCUAGGUCCUGUAGAAGCUGGUGAUUCUUGCAUUUCUAUGUCUGUAGGUGGAUCUGAUUUUCUUUCGAGAACUUGUGGUUCAAAUCUCCAUGCCAGUUUCUUACAUGGUGUUCCUUCAUUAUUUCCUCAAGAAGCAAUUAAUCCUUCAUCCCCUCCUAAGGUUGCAGCACGUUUUGAACCGGAGCCUGUUACUUCCAAUAUUUAUACUGAUAACAUGGAUCUAUCAGGAGGUAUUUUAGGUGUUAAAAGAACACAAAAAAAGGAUUGUGAUGAGCCAUCCCAAAUUGCUAACCUAUGUCGUGUAGAAGAUGGUGAUUCUUGCAUCAGCUCAUCCGUUGUUGGAUCUGAUUUUCUUUCAAGAUCUUGUGGAUCAAGUAUGCAUCCAAUUUUCUUUCAUGGUGAUCCUACGGGUUUUUCUUAUGAAGCAGUUAAUAUGAUACCCCCUAGAAAACUGGAAACACAUUGUGAAGCGGAGCCUGUUAUUUCCAACAUUUGCACAGAUAACAUGGAUGUAUUAGGAGUUAUGACACAAAAAAAAGAUGGUAAUGCACCAACACAAGUUGCCAAUCUAGGUCGUGUGGAAGAUGUUGAUUCUUGCAUCAGUACAUCUAUGGUUGGAUCUGAUUUCUUUUCAAGAUCUAGUUCAAAUCUGCAUCCCAUUUUCUCACAAUGCGAUCCUUCUGGUUUUUCUCAUGAAGUAGUCAAAAUGACAUCCCUUCCUGGGCUGGGUGAUCCUUCAAAUUUUUCUAAUGAAGAAAUUAAUCUGACACCCCCUCCUACUAACCUGGCAAAACGUUUUGAAGUACAGCCUGUUACUUCCAAUAUUCGCACAGAUAACAUGGAUGUAGCAGGAAGUAUUUCGACCAUGAAAGUGACACAGAAUAAUGAUAGCAAUGAGCCAUCACAAAUUGCCCACCUAGGUCGUGUGGAAGUUGGUGAUUCUUACAUCAGUACUUCUGUGGCUGGAUCUGAUUUUCUUUCAAGAUCUGGCAGUUCAAAUUUGCAUCAGUCAAGUUCAAUCUUAGCCGAUCGGGCUUUGGGAGAAGCUUCUGAGCUGUCUCUCGGGGAUCAUUCAUGCAGUCUGAAAAUACCAAUGAGGGAGGAGGUGCUGCACAAUUUCAGAUCUUCAUUUGAGGUGCAAGGUGAGGAUUUGCGCAAUAUUAAUGACAGAGUCAUUAAUCUGGAGGGCCAGCAUAUGUCAAGAUGUACACCCUCUGAUUUCAACUAUGGAGCCAGUAAGAUGGAUGAACUGUCAAUGGGUGUUUUUUCCAAAGCAACCCAUUUCAAUAAUGUUAAGUUCUCUCCCUCUUCUGAAUUUCUAGGACCGGAGAAGAUGCUAGCCCCUAGUUUUUCUGUCAAUUUUCCAACUUAUCAAGGUCUGCAAGCUCCAGAUAAGGGAGUGGCAGAAUCUGAUGGAAGUAUUGACAGAAAUAGCAGUCAUUACAGCAGAAAGCGACGAGAAAUGGAUAGUACUUCAAAUCUGCAAACGGGUAGUUCAGCCAAAUUUUCUGGAAUACCAAGAAGCAGAAGAAGUUCCGAUUAUGUUCCUGCUGAUGAUGAUGCAUUGGUAUCUAUUUUAGCGGGAAAAACGGUUCCAUCGUUGGAAAUAGGCUCCAUCCCAUCUCUUUCCAAAGCGCCAUCUCAAAAGCGACCUCGCACAAUGCCUAAGCUGGGCAUGCAUAAGAGAAGGAAGGUGCUGAUGGAUGAUGCUAUGGUUUUACAUGCUGAUGCUAUACGUCAACAACUAAUAAACACGGAAGACAUCCGCCGCAUGCGGAAAAAAGCUCCAUGUACUAGACCUGAAAUUUGGAAGAUUUACAUGGGUGCAAUGGAGGAUGAUAUUUUUGGUCAUUCUAUAUUAACUGGUAUAGCAGUGGAGCUAAAUAGUCUGUAUGAUCUGAAAUAUGACAUGCAAAAGGAUCCAAGUUCUCAAGCCAAGGAGUAUAAUUCUCAGGUUAAAACAUCAGGAGACACCGGGUCUUCUAGGGUCACAGAAUUUAUAAAUGAAAUGGGUGAUAAAGAAAUUGGUGAAAGAAUCUCAUUUUUUCCUGGAAUAGUUGGUAGAAGUGAAGGUCCAUUAAGCAUAACUGCAUUCGAUACAGUGCAAACUCAUAAAGGUGGUGCACAGUCUGAUUUACAUGAUAAAUUAGAAAGACGACAUGUUCAGCCUCAAGCGGGAUCAUUCAACAAUGAACAGGAGUCUGUGAUUUGGGCAAUGAAGCCAGAUGCAGAGAUAUGUGCUGAUUCAAUUAUUCAAGUGGAUCCUGUCCUUGAAAUCAACAAAAGUAUUUCAUCUUUCGAGAUCGUUAAUGAUGAGAGCAUUAAUCUUGCAGAAAGAUCACUGCACAAUGCUGAGCGUAACCCUCCAACUACUAAUGAUGCCUUAACUCGUGAUGAAUCUGCUAACUUGGUCGAAGUAGAUGGUGACACUGUUGUAGCUGUGAUUUCAGAGUCUCCAAUCAAGCCUGAUAUUACUUUUGAUUCUGCGCAUGCAAUUGUCAAUGAGGAAGAGAAAACUGGGCAUGUCUUGGAUGUUAAACUCUCAAAAUCCAGUCACACUUUCUCUAAUGAUGGUGAUUCAGGUGGAGCAAUUGAUGGCAUUCCGGGUCAUGUGCUACCAGACAGUGGAGCAGAGUUGCUACUAGAGAACAAUAAUGGGUCUGAUGGUGUGGUAGACAUUUAUCAUGCUGCAGAAGCCUUGGGGGAUGGGGAGAGGCCUGUAACUGGUGCCACUUGUGCAGAAGUAGGUAACGUUGUUUGUGUUCCAAGCAGUGUAGAAGACGCUCCUUCAACAAUGGAUAAAAAUAGUUGUAUACAGGACUUCAAGCCUGAAGGUGGUUUGGAUGUGGACAGCGUUCCUGUUGAUGUUGAUGUUGAUGUUGAUGCUGCACGGGAUUCAAGUGAUUUCUGCAGUGCAAUUGAUGACAACUACACAGGAUUUUUGAAUGAAGACGAUGAUGAUGCAGACUUUGAUGAAGUAGAAAAUGAUGUGCCAAAUACUGAGGAUGUUCAAUCACUGGAGAACAGUGGUUGGUCUGCUCGCACAAGGGGUGUUGCUAGAUACCUGCAAAAUUUAUUCGAUGAAGAAUCUGGGCAAGGAAGGAAAUUCAUUGUGGUAAAUCGUCUAUUAGCUGGUAAAACUCGCAAAGAAGCAUCAAGAAUGUUCUUUGAAACCUUGGUCCUGAAAACAAGGGAUUACAUUCAAGUGGAACAGGAAAAGCCGUUUGAAUACAUUCAAAUCAAGCCUAGAAUAAAGCUUCUGAAGUCAGAAUUCUGAUCCUUCUGUUACAGAACGUCACACAAACAAUCUGUAUAACUAUAUUGUACCGCACCCCUCCAAAUUCUACGUUUAGUACGUUUAAAUCUCUUCAGAAUGAUGCUUUUUAAUUUUUUUCUUCUUCCCUUAGAAGCGCAGGAGGCGAGCUUGCGUACGUUGUAUUUGAUAACAUUUUUUUUAUGUUGUGCAUAUAUUUGUAAAAAAAAUAUUUGUAAAUUAUGAAGCAAAUGAUGCUUGUAUUUGUCCAGUGCAAUGUUUGUUAUUGUUUCUA